UAUAUAAAUAAAUAAAUAAACAAAUGUAUACUAUAUAGAUCAUAAUACAAAUGCAAAUGCAGAAAAUGUGGCAGAAAAAGUGACAACAAGCAAGACUGGGAGAGACAGAGAGAAUAUAUAUAUAUAUUUAUUUAAAUUAAAUCGUUUGCUGCUGUUUUUCCAUCGGCGUUGCUUAUCAAUCUUCCUCUCUGUGUGUGCGUUGUUGUUGUUGUUGUGUGUGUACCGUCUUGUUGUGCGAGUGUGUGCCGUUCUUUGGAUAUAUACAUAUAUAUCUAUUUAUUUUUUUUGUAUGUAUUGUGUGGUGAUAUGAGUGUGCAGAGGCGGCAACAGCAACAUCAACAACAGCAGCAGCAGCAUCAGCAUCAUGCAUCCAGCGGGCGAAAAAAGGGGCGGUCGCCCCAAUGAUAAAUACACAGCGGAAGCUCUUGAGAGCAUUAAACAGGAUCUAACCCGUUUCGAAGUACAAAAUAAUCAUAGAAAUAAUCAGAAUUACACACCUCUGCGAUACACCGCCACCAAUGGACGCAAUGAUACACUUGCUCCAGAAUAUCAUCAUGCGAAACCUCCCAUGGAACCACCACCAUCGGCGUCUCCUUCGCCAGAUGUUAGUGUUCCGCCACCGCCCAACAUUGUAGGCAUUCAGCCAGUUGUGGGUGUUGGCGUGGGCGUAGGCGUAGGGGUGGGAGUGGCUCUGCCAACCAACGGACAUGUGCCAAAGAUGAUAAACGCUCUGAUACCACCCAAGCUAAUACGCAAGCCGAGCAUAGAGCGCGACACCACAACCCAUUAUCUACGCUGCAGCCCAGCCCUGGACUCUGGUGCCGGAAGUUCGCGUUCGGAUAGCCCCCACUCGCACUCCCAUCAGCCGGUUGGCAGUAGGGCCAGCACCGGCCAAUACUCGCCCUCGCCCAGCAGUUUCAGUGAUGCCACCCCGCCAGCUCCACCGCCACGGAAUCCGACGGCUGGCAACUCGGCCACGCCCCCACCGCCCAGCAGUCAGGCAUAUAAGAGACGUUCGCCGGCUCUGACACGACCGCCAGCGUUGACGCCAAGCAGUGGCACCCGCGGCACGUCACCGGUAAUUCCUCAAAAUGGUCAAGGGCCUGGCCUAAAGACCCAACAGCAGCAGCAGCAGCAGCAGCAACAACAACAGCAGCAGCAACAGCAACUGGCCCAUCAGAUGAAGGCUCUCAACUUGUAUCCAGGUGGUGGCAGCGGAGCUGUGGUCGAGCCACCACCACCAUAUCUCAUCAAUACGGUGGGUGGGGUGGCAGCAGCACCUCCACCACCUAGUUACACCGCCUCCAUGCAAUCGCGACAAUCGCCCACACAAUCCCAGCAAUCGGAUUACCGCAAGUCACCCAGCAGUGGCAUCUAUUCGGCCACCUCGGCGGGUUCACCCAGUCCCAUAACGGUCAGCAAUAGCAGCGGAAUAUUGCCAGCCUCGGGAGUGGCAUCGGUGACCAGACCGCAGCCACGAGUCUAUCAGACACGCACCCAACAGCCGAUCAUCAUGCAGAGCGUGAAGAGCACGCAGGUGCAGAAGCCGGUGCUGCAGACAGCCGUGGCUCCCCAGUCGCCUGUGAGUGCCUCGGCUAGCAAUUCUCCAGUGCAUGUGCUCGCAGCUCCACCCUCCUAUCCGCAGAAAUCACCGGCUGUGGUCCAGCAGCAGCAACAAGCGGCGGCUGCCGCCCAACAGCAUUCGCCACUCCUCGGACCCACUGCAUCAGUGGGUGGUGUUGUUGGUGUCGUGGUCACAGCGGUUAAGCCGCCAACACCCACCACUCCGCCUCUGAUAGCCAGUGCUCUCAAUGGUACGGUGGUCAGUAAGCCGGCGUGCAUGGAACCGCCCUCAUAUGCCAAGAGUAUGCAGGCCAAGGCGGCAACUGCACAGCAGCAACAGCAGCAGCAGCAACAACAACAGCAGCAACAGGUGCAACACCAGCAGCAGCAACAGCAACAGUUGCAGGCGUUGCGAGCGCUUCAAGCUCAGGCGCAGCAGCAACAUCAACAACAACAGCAGCAGCAGCAACAACAACAACAACAGCAGCAGCAGCAUCAAAAGGCAAGCAAUGGCAACUCUGUGAGACAAUUACCGCCACCACCACCUUAUCAAAGUAGUCGAGUGACCACUCCAGAUAUAUCCUCCAAUAACAACAACAACAAUAUAGGAGCACCUGAGAUCAAGCCCAACAACAAUAACAACAACAUACAGAUCACAAAUAGCAAUCUGGCCACAACACCGCCAAUACCACCUGCCAAAUACACAAACAGUGGCAAUGGCAAUGGCAACAGUUCCGGCGGCAGUAAUGGCUCCUCCAUAGCAUCAUCAUCCGGUGGUGCGAAAGCCACAUCUGCGGCUGCUUGUAAAAAAAUCAAACAUGCCUCUCCCAUACCCGAACGCAAACAGAUCUCCAAAGAGAAGGAAGAGGAACGCAAAGAGAUACGCAUACGUCAAUAUUCACCACAGGCAUUCAAAUUCUUUAUGGAGCAACACAUUGAGAAUGUUAUCAAAUCGUAUCGACAGCGAACCUAUCGCAAAAAUCAAUUGGAGAAGGAGAUGAGCAAGGUGGGACUAUCCGAUGCGACACAAAUCGAAAUGCGUAAAAUGUUGAAUCAAAAGGAGAGCAACUACAUCCGUUUGAAGCGGGCCAAAAUGGAUAAGAGUAUGUUUGAUAAAAUCAAACCCAUCGGUGUCGGUGCCUUCGGUGAGGUGACUUUGGUUAAGAAAAUCGACACCUCCAAUCAUUUGUAUGCCAUGAAGACGCUGCGCAAGGCCGAUGUCCUCAAACGCAAUCAGGUGGCGCAUGUUAAAGCCGAACGUGAUAUCUUGGCUGAGGCCGACAAUAAUUGGGUUGUCAAGCUCUAUUAUAGUUUUCAGGAUAAGGAUAAUUUAUAUUUUGUGAUGGACUACAUACCCGGUGGCGAUCUGAUGUCACUGCUAAUCAAAUUGGGCAUCUUUGAGGAACCGCUGGCACGUUUCUACAUAGCCGAAGUCACCUGUGCUGUGGACAGUGUACACAAAAUGGGCUUCAUUCACAGAGACAUCAAGCCUGAUAAUAUACUCAUCGAUAGGGACGGACAUAUAAAACUCACCGACUUUGGUCUCUGUACAGGUUUUCGAUGGACACAUAACUCCAAAUACUAUCAGGAAAAUGGUAAUCAUUCCCGUCAGGAUUCGAUGGAACCUUGGGAGGACUUCUCUGAAAAUGGUUCAAGGCCAACUGUAUUAGAAAGACGACGUAUGCGUGAUCAUCAAAGAGUUUUGGCCCAUUCACUGGUCGGUACACCUAACUAUAUAGCACCCGAGGUUCUGGAGCGUAGCGGUUAUACACAAUUAUGUGACUACUGGAGUGUUGGUGUUAUUCUCUAUGAAAUGCUUGUGGGUCAACCUCCAUUUUUGGCCAAUAGUCCACUGGAAACGCAACAGAAGGUCAUUGAAUGGGAGAAAACGUUACACAUACCACCGCAGGCUCAACUUUCACCUGAGGCCACCGAUCUGAUAAGACGUCUUUGUGCCGCUUCUGAUAAACGUCUGGGCAAGAGUGUCGAAGAGGUCAAGGCACACGAUUUCUUUAGAGGCAUCGAUUUCGCCGAUAUGCGCAAACAGAAGGCACCGUAUAUACCAGAAAUUAAACAUCCCACCGAUACAUCCAAUUUUGAUCCUGUUGAUCCAGAUAAACUACGCUCCAAUGAUUCCAAUGUGAGCAGCGGCGAUGAUUUCGAUCUGAAUGAUAGGCAAUUCCAUGGAUUUUUCGAAUUUACCUUUAGAAGAUUUUUCGAUGAUAGACAUCAUCCGGACAUGACGGACGAUCAGGCGCCGGUCUACGUCUGAGUUAAACCGUCAUCUCAUUGAAAUAAUAAUUUGUUAGUCAAACAGUCACAAAACAACAGAAAAACAACUAUGAAACUGCAAAAUUUAUAGAAAGGGGCAACUGUUAAAGCUAAGAAAUUUUGCAAAUUA